AUGAUGUCAUCCAAGUGGUCCCCCCAAAACGCCAGCAAGGCUGAGGGCAGAGCCUGGGAGGGUUCCCUGGGGAGCAGCCCCCCAAGAUGGGACCCAGCGAGCAGAGAUCCCCUGGGGGGACCCAGCAACAGCACCAGCCCUGGGGGAGUCACAACGAGCGGCGAACCCCCAGCAGGACCCCAACUAGACCCUCCCGGGGGGGACGCGGCCACCACCACGGACCCAGCGAUGGCGGAGGGGUGCGCAGGGUGCGCCGGGGAGGGCGAUGCCAGCGCUCUGCCCCCAAGGAUGGAGGAUGGGCAGGCUGCCGUCACCUGGCCCGGUGAUGGGGGGACGGUGCCGGUGGCCCUGGGCAGCCCCGAGGAGCCGGGGAGCGGGGAACGGCACACACGAGCCUCCCUGCCCAGCCCGGGGGGCUUCGGGGAGCUCACAGCCGCCCCACCGAGCCCCCCUAGCUCUCAGCUUGCCACCGACUCGGCCGAACCCGACCUGCUGCUGACGGCGGGGGGCUCGGCCGCCCCGCGGACCCCCGUGCUGGCCGACCCCAGCCUUGUGCCAGGUGCCGCGGGGGACUCGGGGCGUCCCCCAGAGCUUUGGGGGGCCACGUCCAGCCCGGCCUCAGCGCAGGGGGCCCGCGGCCGGACGGAUCUGACCUGGCUGGAGCAGCCCAUCACCGUCACCCCGGGCCCGGCAGAGCGGCCGGUUGAUCGGACGGCGUCCGAGAUCAUCGACGUCGACUACUACGACCUGUUCGAAGGCGGAGAGGGACUCGGGGGCUUCCCCGGGGGCAGCCGGGGGGCAGCCGGCUCGGCACGGCGGCGGGAGCCGGAGGAGGCGGCCACGCCGUGGGCCCUCCAUGAGCUCUACGACGACUUCACGCCCUUCGACGAGGCCGAUUUCUACCCCACCACCUCCUUCUACGCCGAUGGGGACGAGGACGAAGAGCUGGAGGAGGAUGAGGAGGAAGACCUGGAGGAGGAGGAAGAUGGGCUGGAGGAUGAGAAUGGUUACCGGCCUUCCGCCUCGGCCGUGCCCGGCGUCCAGCCGGCUCCACGGGAGCCCCGACCCACUGGCCGCCGAGACAUGGCACCGCUGCAUCCCUCGGGGGUGACGGGGGUCAGCCCCACGGCGCGGGCACGGCCCGGGGAGCGGGGCCGGGCGGAGAACGGCAGCGAGUGCCCGAGCGGCUACGUGAGGCACAACAGCUCCUGCCGCUCCCUCUGCGACCUCGUCCCCAGCUACUGCCACAACGGCGGCCAGUGCUAUCUGGUGGAGAGCCACGGGGCCUUCUGCCGGUGCAACACGCAGGACUACACCUGGCACAAGGGGACACGCUGCGAGGCCAUCGUCACCGACUUCCAGGUGCUGUGCGUGGCCGUGGGCUCGGCCGCCCUGGUGGUGCUGCUGCUCUUCAUGCUCACUGUCUUCUUUGCCAAGAAGCUCUACCUGCUCAAAACGGAGAACAGCAAACUGCGCAAGACCAAAUACCGCACCCCGUCCGAGCUGCACAACGACAACUUCUCCCUCUCCACCAUCGCUGAGGGCUCCCAUCCAAACGACGACCCCAGCGCUCCCCACAAGUUGCAGGACUCCCUGAAAUCCUGCCUGAAGGACGAGGAGCCCUUUAACAUCCACAACUCCACGUCCCCCAAGCACGACGGCGGCAAAGGGGAGCAGGACGCCGGUGACCUGAACUGCCUGCAGAACAACCUGACGUGA